UGAAUUUGUAUAUUGAAACGUUGAAUAGAAAAAUUCGUGAAAAGUUAAGCAAUAUCCGUGAAAGAGUUGUAAAUAAACAAAUAAAGUUGUAUAAAAUCAAUUAGUGAAUUAUGAUGUUCACACGUGGUGGUUGUCACGCGAAAAGAAGGAAUGCUGGCGGCGGUGGUGGUGGUGGUGGUGGUGGUGGCGGUGACGGUGAAGUUAGUAGUAGUAGUGGUGGUAGCGGUAGCGGUGGUGGCAGUGCUAGUGGUAGUGGUGGUGGUGGUGGUGGUAGUAGUUGUGGCAUAGGAGGAAGAUUUGGAAAGAGAACUUCUUUGGAGCACAAAAGUCCUAGACCACGACUUGCGGUAGAAGGAUACGCAUACAGAACAAGGGUACCAGUUCCUGUAAAACUCGAGGAUUUACCACCAACGAUAUCAACUCCUAGAACUUAUGUGUAUAGGACAAGGGUACCACGAAGGGAUUUUCUUAGUUCAUCGCAGAUACCUUUAUUAGAGACCAACGUAGGCCACGCGAUAACGGGAAGAAGGGGUGCUGUCAAACACAACAAAGUACACAUUGUACGAGGUCACAAAUUAGUUGCUAAGUUUUUUCGACAACCGACAUUUUGUGCCUUUUGUAAGGAUUUCCUUUGGGGUUUCGGAAAGCAGGGUUACCAAUGCCAAGCUUGCCAAACCGCUGUACAUAAGAAAUGUCAUGACAAGUUGUUAACAAAAUGUCCGGAAAGUGGUAGAGAGUCAGAAAAUACUAUAUACUUGAGGCAACGUUUUAAAGUGGACGUUCCUCACAGAUUUCGACCCUAUACUUUCAUGUCACCAACAUUUUGCGAUCAUUGUGGUUCCAUGUUAUAUGGAUUUUUUCGUCAAGGAUUAAAAUGCGAUGGUAAGUAUAAAAAAGGAGCAAAGAUAUUUUGUCAUAAUUUCGGUGCACCUUGUGUUUAACCUAUUAUAUGAGUAAGAAUAUGAUUUUGAAAUCAUGUAUUAAAUAAAUGACUCUGGUAACAUCAAAUAUAAUUACAUAUAUAACUGCAUAAAUGAUGACGAUACAUUAUAUAAAGUAAAAAAA